ACUGAGCGCUGGCGCGAAGUUCCGGCAUGUUCAGAGAGACUUGAGCAUGUUACCGCAGGGAAGAUAACUAUGCAGAGGGGUUUAAGGAGAGUCGGGUUUAACUCUUAAAGUUGCACUUUUCACCCAUUUAAAGGUGUUUGACAACAGACAACCUGGAGCUACGAGGAGUUGUCACAAAGUGCGUCAGUUUUAGCACUAAAGUUACGUCAUUUUUAGCACUAAAGUUACGUCACGUUAGUCUCUGAUUUACCAGCUAAGAGACGCACACAAUGCCUUCACUCUCCCUCAGAGGAGUGACGGUGAACUUCCCCUUUCCUCCGUAUGACUGUCAGGUGGACUACAUGAACAAAGUGAUUGAGUGUCUCCAGAAGAAGGAGAACGGGGUCCUGGAGAGUCCCACGGGUACUGGUAAAACCCUGUGCCUGCUGUGUGCCACCCUGGCCUGGAGAGAGUCCUUCAAGGACUCCAUCUCCGCCCGCAAGAUAGCGGAGAGGCUGGGCGGGGAGGAGAUGUUCCCCAAAACACCGCUGUCCUCCUGGGGGACGGCUGCUACGGACGGCGACACGCCAACCUACUACACCGAUGUCCCCAAGAUCAUAUACGCAUCCCGGACGCACUCUCAGCUGGCGCAGGUCAUCAACGAGUUAAAGAACACUUCAUACAGGCCUAAGGUGUGUGGGGGUCAAGAGCAGCUGUGUAUCAACCAGGAAGUGAUGCGUCAGGAGAACAACCACGUCAAGGUCCACAUGUGCAGAGCGAAGGUCUCCACCCGAUCGUGUGUCUUCUACAACAACGUGGAAGAGAGGAGCACCGACAGAGACUUGGCCAAUAACAUCCUCGACGUGGAGGACUUGGUCAAAUUCGGCAACAAACAGAGGGUCUGUCCUUACUACCUGUCCCGGUCCUUGAAGCAGCAAGCAGACGUGGUUUUCAUGCCGUACAACUACCUGCUGGAUCCAAAGAGCCGCAGAGCGCACAACAUCGAGCUGAACGGCGCCGUGGUCGUCUUCGAUGAGGCUCACAACGUGGAGAAGACGUGUGAAGAAUCCACAUCCUUUGACCUGACCCCCUACGACGUAGCCUCAGCCAUCACGGCUGUGGACCGGCUGCUGGUGGAGCAGGCUAAAGAAGUCCGCCACGGAGACCCGGUCCAGGACUUCAACGUGGAGUCCCUCAACUCUGGUUUUAAAAUGACUGUGGAGACCAUUGCUAAAAUCAAACAGAUACUCCUGAAUCUGGAAGCUGCCGUCGAUUCCUAUGAAGUUCCGAGUGAAAAAGGCAUCACGAAACCUGGAAUCUUCAUCUAUGAGCUGCUGGAGAGAGCCCACCUGACCUACAACAGCAAGACGGAGGUCUACGAAGCUCUGGAGCAGAUCCUUGGACACUUAACAGGACAGCAAGGAGUGUUCCUGAACACAACGGGGCUGCAGAAGCUCGCUAACAUCAUACAGCUGGUGUUCUGCGGGGAGCCGUCGGAGAAGGAGCGGCAGCAGCAGAUGGAGCUCAACACGGUGUGUUUUAAGGUCCACAUCCAUCGAGACAACAGCUUUCACAAGAAAACCUCGGGCGCCGACGCGUGGGCGGCGACGUCAACAAAGAAACAAGGAAACAUCCUGAGUUACUGGUGCUUCUCUCCGGGCUUCAGCAUGCAGGACCUGGAGAAUCAAGGUGUUCGCUGCAUCAUUCUGACCAGCGGGACCCUGUCCCCGCUGUCCUCCUUCACCUCUGAGAUGAGGAUAAAUUUCCCCGUGAGUCUGGAGAACCGUCACGUGAUCGAGCGGGACCAGAUCUUUGUCGGCGUCAUCGACCGCGGCCCCGACGGCGUGCAUCUAAGUUCAGCGUUUGAUAGAAGGUUUGUUCCUGAGAACAUGGCGUCUUUAGGCAGCACUGUUGCCAACCUGAGCCGCGUGGUCCCUGAUGGGCUCCUGGUCUUCUUCCCCUCCUUCCCUUUGAUGGAGAAAACCCUGGACUUCUGGAGAGCCAACGGACACGCGGAUCGCAUCGAGAACGUAAAACCCAUGUUCGUUGAACCCAAAGGGAAGGGCAACUUCAGUGAGGUUAUUGACGGAUAUUACAGCAAAGUCAACGAUCCGACGUCCAAAGGAGGAACUUUCUUUGCCGUGUGUCGCGGGAAGGCCAGCGAGGGUCUGGACUUUGCGGACUCCUUUGGGCGGGGGGUGAUCAUCACCGGCCUCCCCUUCCCCCCGAGGAUGGACCCCCGAGUCGUCCUCAAGAUGCAGUUCCUGGACGAGAUGAGUCGGAAGAAAACUUCCGGCGCAAAGUACCUGUCUGGACAGGACUGGUACCGACAGCAGGCCUUCCGAGCCGUGAACCAGGCCAUCGGGAGAGUCAUCCGCCACAAGGAGGACUACGGAGCCAUCCUGCUGUGUGACCAGAGGUUCACCAGCUCCAACGCCAGGGCUCAGCUUCCGUCGUGGGUCCGGCCGUACGUGCGUCUGUACGCCGGCUUUGGGAACGUGAUCCGUGACGUCUCUCAGUUCUUCAGGGUCGCACAGAAAAUGAGGCCUGUGGUGGAGAAGAAGUCUGCAGCAGCAAGCUGCGAGAAGGAGUCUUUCCCCGACCCUCUCCAGUUCCCUGGCUUCACGUCCUGCUCCUCCUCCUCCUCCCAAAGCCCCCACACCCAGAAGGCCAAGGUGCUGGACGCCCACCUACCCAGCCUGAAGAGGAGGAAACUCAACGAGCACACCGGAGCCAAUGGGAUGGCCAGGAUCUGUGUGGAGUACGAGUGUGAGCUGCAGGAGAGCCAGAAGAGACCGGCCAACCUGCUGGACGCCCUGGACCGAGGGGACCAUCGCAGAGAGGACGAUGACUCCGCUGUGGGAGAAGAGAAGGCCGACCGUUUGUCCACGUUGUCUCUUCGAUGUGACAAGAGGAUGGACGAUGAGUCGCGGGGCGGAAAACGUAAAAUCAAACUGGUCCAAGAACAGAAACCGAGCGCGUCGGGGACCGUCUCCGAGCGGGGGACGGCCAGCAGGGUGAAGGACUUCCUGGCAGAGAUGAAGACGUCCCUGAGCCAGAUCAGCUUUGACCGCAUCAUAAAGGCCCUGCAGACCUACAAGAAGACGGACAACCUGGACGUCCUGCUGACGGAGACGGCUGUCCUGACUCAGGACGCCAACACGCACAGUCUGCUGCGGGGCCUCUACCAGUUCAUCCGCCCGCAUCACAAGAGGAGCUUUGAUGAGACGUGCCAGCAGCUGACGGGGACGGGCUGCGGAUACAAACCGGAUCACUCGCUCUCUGCAGACGAGAAGAAGGCGCUGAUGCUGCAGAGCGCUGCAGCCAGUCAUCCUGUUGGAGGUCCAGGUUCCUGCAGUCAUCCUGUUGGAGGUCCAGGUUCCUGCAGUCAUCCUGUUGGAGGUCCAGGUUCCUGCAGUCAUCCUGUUGGAGGUCCAGGUUCCUGCAGUCAGCUGAACACACAGCAGCUCAACAAAGGAGGACAACACCUCAACCAGCACGCUGCAGUCAGUCAUCCUGCUGGAGGUCCAGGUUCCUCCAGCUGCACGCCCGCCUGCAGUCAGCUGAACACACAGCACCUCAACAAAGGGGGACAACACCUAAACCAGCAGGGACCGACACAGCCUCCCUCUGGCUCCGGUCCAAGCAGAGACGUCCCCGCUUCCUUCCGCGACGUGAAGAAAGCCGUCGGAGCGGAGAAGUCGGCUCAGCUGUUUCAGGUGAUCCAGAGCUACAAGAAGACGGACAACUACGACGACCUGGUGGCCACGGUGGUGAGCCUGUUCACGGAGAGAGACGAGGACUUCAACCUCCUAGUCAGAUUUGGCAUGUUUAUCCCCGCUCGCCAUAAGAAGCGGUACAAAGAGAUGCUGGAUGGGUUGAUAGGGAACUCUGUCUCUGGGGUUCCUGCUGAGACCGAAGACCAGCAACGACCAGCCACGUCGUCUCCGAAGACGCAAAGCAAGAUUUCCAGUUUCUUCUCAAACAGCCAAAGAAAGUAAAAAUCUGAGUUAAAAUAACAUUUUAAGUAUUUUUAAAUCACUCGUAAGUGAUGCUGCUUCAUGGUAUAAUUGUAAAUACAGCUGCAGUUUUCACUUGUUUUGUAUUAAAUUAAUGUCGUGACAGUGUAAUAUGGAGGAAUAUUAUGUUUAUGUAAAGUUUUUUUUAUAUGUCUUCAGAUAAUUAAAUUUAUGAAAG